GUUGACGUGCAGGCACAGGCAGCAACUGCAAAGCACUGCAAAGAGAGAGGUUAUGAAGUGAUUUUUAUAAACAUAAAUGUAUUGAAAAGCUUCCCAAAAUGCCCCAAACUGGUGCCACGCGCCACCAAAAGUUCCUUAAAUCUGAGAAGUCGAAAACUAAAUUAAAAUCCAAGAAGAAAGAUUUACCCAAAGGUACAAAUGUAACCAAAACGAAUUUCAAAGUUAAAAAAAUUGUUAUCAAAGAACAGUUGAAGAAACGGGGAACUAAUGAGGUAUUAUCGUCUAAAAAGCUUAAUUUAAAGGAUCUCUUGUCUCGGCUUAACCAUUUCAAUACUAAGUCUCGCACUGAAGCCCUGGAUGGUAUCAAAGAUAUAAUAACACAUGCUGAUAUAUUAGAUCAAAAUCUUGGACAAAUAAUUUUGGCUGUAACUCCCUUGGUGUUAAACGUCGAAAAAGUGGUUAGACACGAGACUCUCAAAGUCCUUCAAUUAGUUUUAUCAAAUGUCGAAAUCCAGAAGUUGGACCCCUUCUUUGACAUAAUGGCCACCUAUUUAAGGAGUGCUAUGACUCACAUCGACACUAGAAUCCAAGAAGACUCUUUGCUAUUUUUAGACCUUCUGCUUGUUUGUACACCUGAAAAAGUUGUCCAAUACUUUCACAAAAUAUUACCAAACUUUUUGGAUAUGAUAUCCAAGUUAAGAAUAGAUUCCAAACCAGGUCGAACAUUAACUGUAAACUUGGGCAGUCAAAUAACAAGUGUGAAAUGGAGGGUCAAAGUCUUACAUAGAUUGAAGGAUUAUCUUUCUAAAUAUAUCAAUCUGAACCAAGUGCAAACUAAGGAGAAACCUAGUUCAAAACCUGCUCAAAAAUUUGAUGAGUCAAAGAUGAACAUCUACUCUUUAUUCAACCCGGUAUACACAUCUGUUUGUAGUGUAUCAUGCUUUUCUUCUAAAAACUCGCAAGAUGUGGCACCCUUGGAUGAAGUGGAAAAGUUUAAACAUUAUGUUAAUACUUUGAUGCCUCUGCUUUAUGAAACUUGGCUGGAAGUGUGCCCAAAGACUUCAUCAGGAAUGAAUAUUGAAACUGUCAUCAACGAGGAUGCAGCUACACUCAGGGCCGUCUUUAACCUACUAGGGGCCCUGGGCACUUCAGGAUCAAUGGGGCCCUUUUCAUCUUGAAAAAGGUUUUCUUUGAGAGCAGACGGGGGCAGUGGUGGCGUAGCAUGGGUUGGCACCCGGAACGAUCACCAUGCUUGGCACCCGGGGCAGACCGCCCCCACCGGAAUGUUAUCAUAAUUACCAAUAAUUUUAUAAAUAAAUCUCUAGCUAACUGUAAUGCAGUUUAUAAAAUGUUACAAAAUAAAUAAUUAGAACAUAAUAA